AUGUCGAGACGCGCAGGGAGUUCUGACUAUCCCCAAUCUGACAGUUCCAUGAAAUCUGGUAAAUCCGACGAUUCCAAAAAAUCUGGCAAAUCUGAGAAUUCCAAAAAAUCUGGCAAAUCCGACGAUUCCAAGAAUUCUGGAAAAUCCAGCGGAUCAAAAGAUUCGCAAAAAACACAGAAAUCUGAUUCAUCUCACUACACAGUAUUAACCAAGACCAUCAGUGAGGAUCUUGGGGGGGCAGUAGAGGCGAUGAACACACUUGUGGAAAAUAACGACGUUACUAAAGCAGAGCAGUAUAUGGAAGAAAACGCUAAAAAUUCGGCGAUGAUAUGGACCGAGGAAAUGAAAAAAAAGCAUGCGGAAUAUCACUAUUGUCGUAAGGAACGCGUCAAAUACAAAGCUCGAUAUGAUAAUUUGAAGAAACAACUUCAGGGGAUGAAUCCUACUCUUGAAAAUUUUGAUGAGCUCCGAAAGCAUGGUAUUAAUUGGGCCGAAAACGCAUUACAGGAACUUGAGGCGCGAAUCCAAUUCAUGAUGAACUAUCCACGAGCAUUUCAAUACCCAAAAUCAUAUGAACGUCACCUUACAGAGUUGAAAGGAGUAUCCAACAGCGCUUCAAACGCUAUUAGAUACGUGAGACUGACCAGAGAAAGUCUCAUACAGAAGAGAGAAAGUUCCUCCACAGCUUAA